UAAUAUGGCUGACUAAUGUAGGAAAUAUUUUUGUGAGGUGAACAAAAUAAUUAAAAAUGGUUUUAGAGAGAGAAAUAGUGGAAGGAAUACGUUCUGCUUUUGCUCCAAAUAUCAGGAAAUUUGUAGAGACUCUUGUUGUGGAAGGAAAAUUUGGAAUUUGUAAAGGAGAAGUGCGUGUUUUGGACCCGAAGACAGGAUGUCUGUCAAUAGCUGAUGAUCCAAAAUGUGAUCGGUUUAGAUUGGUAAUACCAUAUGCUGGCGAUUCAAUCACAUGGGAGGUAAUUUUUGAUUGCACUCAUCCUUCUAACCCUCCAGAUUUUAUAUUUGGUGUUGAUGAUGAAGGAUUUUAUCCCAAUAUAGAAGAUAUACAGAGUUUGGUGAUGUGGAACCCACAGGAUUCUAGAGGUUUGAUUUAUGUGAUACAAGAAUUAUUGCAGCACUAUCGUCAGUUUCAAAUUUCUUUAUUAGAGGGAACAAGACUGCAGUUUGAAUAUUCACAUUUAAUAGAACAUACACAAAGUAAGGCAGAUGAUAUCGAACUAGUGGUUUUUAGGAAUGAGGGAAGAAUUGGUCCAGUAAAUAUCCUAAUUAAAUUAGACCUGGAUUUAAGUAAAAUUCCACCAAUAUUGACAAAAGAUUUUGUUGGUAGUAAUUCAUCUGUUUUGUUAGUAAGUUAUGUAUCAGCUGAUGGCUACAGAGUUUCACCACAAUUAUUUCUCUCACCUGCAGUAGAAUUGGCUUUAGGUGGUUCAUCUCAUCUUAGAAUCCCGUCUUUUCCUUCUGGCGAAACAUUAUUUGAUUAUGUUCCCAAUGUUUAUCAACUCCUGAAAAAUAAGGUUAAGCAUGUUAUUGAUGGCUUUGAGAAAAGAGAAGAAUAUGUAGCAGCUUUCCUCGCCCAUUAUGGAAGGUCAAUAUUAGAAUAUGAUAAAGAAUCAUUUUCAAUGAUGUCAUUUUUAUUUGAGUGGAAUGAUUUUUAUUUUAUUUUUAGAACUGAACUACCAUUAUAUUUUCCACAAGAACAACCAACAUUUUUUCUUCAAUCUAUAUACCAUGAGAGUAAAGGUCGACCUUACACAGAAGUAUUUAAAGAUUAUCCCUACAGUCCAAGAUGGAGUGGCAAUGAAAUGGCUGAAAGAGCCAGGUUAUUUAUUUUAGAUAAAAUUGGCACAUUUCAAAAGUCAUCUGUUUUAGCUUGAUGUUAACUUGAUGAAGAUGAUAUGUUGAGAUCAUUUUAACUGAAGACAUCUAUAGAUACUGGAGAAGUUGUUUAAUAAAGUUGUGUAGCCUUUAUGUCAGCUAUUACAUAAAGUUCACUGACAAAAAUAUCAAAGAUAUUUAAAUGAAAAAUAAAUACAUUGUUCUUUUUGUUUUAUAAGUGCUGUAAGCUGUAACAUAUACACGACUCUUUACUGUUUAGUCAGAGCCCAAUAAGAUUGUGUAAUUACAGAAAUUGUAUGGAUAUUUAAUUUAAAGUUAAUUAAAAGCUUACCUGUAACUAGUUAACAACCAUGGUGCCAAGUGUACAUCAAAAAUUUAAUAGAAGUAAAUUGGUGUAUAUAUUCAUAUUUACUAUGUUAACCGUUGAUUGCCGUGUACCUGAAUGUUUGGUGAUCUAUACACUGGGUUCCCGGUAUGAAGACUAGGUAAACAAGUGAUGAUUGCAGCCAUGGAAAAGGUCAUUAUUUAUUUGGUUUUUCGUCAAUAUUUCAUUUUGUGGUACCCACUUUUGUUGCUGGGAUAUCUAACUUCUGAAGGUAAACAAGGGAUGACAGUAGUCGGAAAGGACAGACCUGUCGCACUGUGGGCGGUUAAGCAAUAUCCUACUGUACAUAAUAAUUAUUUUUAUGUAAUUUUUAACCAAACAAAAUUAUGAUUUCCAUUCAAUAAUAGUGGAUAAACCUUACAAAUUAUCAACGGAAUACUGUUACAUCUUUGGGGACAUAUUUACAUUAAAGCACAUUAUUACAUUAAAUCAUAUUCACUGGGCAAUUGCAUUUAUUAAUAUUCUUUGCUAGAAAUUAUUACAUAAAACAAAAUAUAUUAAUUCAAAGAGAAUUAAUGCACGCAAGCACGCACAUUGAUUUUUUUUGUGCCAAUAUUUCAAAUGGAAAAAUAAUACUUCAUGAAUAUUAUCUCAUUGAGAAAUGCUGUCCUUUUUUGUUAUGAAUAGGUUAUUGUGAUUUAUGUGAAUUUGUUUAUAUUUUAUUGUAAAUAAAUAUGUAAAUAACAAGGACAAGUCA